CAGCGCAGGCGCAGGAAGGGCGCAGCCAGGAGUCCGGCCUGCGGUGUCCGAGCUCCCGCUGCCGGAGAGGAGUGGCCGGAGCUGUUCGCAAAGUUGAUGCCUAAGACAUCCAGUGAUCACCAGUCAUUCAUUCCUUUGGCAAGAGAUGGAGAGCAAGGAGGAGUCAGCAGCCUACCCAGUCUGAAGGCGUGGCAGAAGGGAACCCUGAUCAUAGAAUCCAUCUCUCUCAAUACACUCCACAGACAUUUUUCAAGCAUCUACUAUCAAAAGAACCACAUUUCAGCUUCUGCACCUAUCAAGAGUUUUAAUUCAUCAUGGAUGAUCUGUCAGCGGAAGAAGUUCAGCUGAGGGCUAACCAGGUUACUGAUGAGUCUCUGGAAAGUACAAGGAGAAUCCUGGGUUUAGCCAUUGAGUCUCAGGAUGCAGGAAUCAAGACUAUCACGAUGCUGGAUGAACAAGGGGAACAACUAAAACGCAUAGAAGAAGGCAUGGACCAAAUAAACAAAGACAUGAGAGAAGCAGAGAAGACUUUAACAGAACUCAACAAGUGCUGUGGCCUUUGUGUAUGCCCAUGUAAUAGAUUCUCAGAUGUUGGUUGUUUCUAUGAAACCAGGACAAAGAACUUUGAGUCUAGUAAAGCCUAUAAGGCAACAUGGGGAGAUGGUGGAGACAACUCUCCUAGCAACGUAGUGUCUAAGCAGCCGGGCCGAGCGACAAAUGGUCAGCCUCAGCAAGCAACCACAGGAGCAGCCAGCAGCGGAUACAUUAAACGUAUAACAAAUGAUGCCAGGGAAGACGAAAUGGAAGAGAACCUGACUCAAGUGGGCAGUAUCCUAGGAAAUCUAAAAAACAUGGCCCUGGACAUGGGCAAUGAGAUUGAGGCUCAAAAUCGACAGAUAGACCGGAUCACAGAAAAGGCUGACACCAACAAAGAUCGUAUUGACAAUGCCAAUGCCAGAGCAAAGAAACUCAUUGACAGCUAAAGCUACUGCUGUACUUCUUUAUCAUUUAUUCACUUCCUUAGGUCCUCCUUCAAAGUUAUUACCUUUCCAGAGUUUGAAAUUUUGGCUCCACACUCUUCUAAUCUGGAGAUGAUGUGGAAGAAGAUCCAGGAGUAACAGCCCCCCUAUUUUUUUAUUGUCUACUUUCUAAUUGGGAGAUGAUGUGGAAGAAGAUCUAGAACUAACAGCUCCCCUAUUUUUUUAUUGUCUCUUUUUCCCUUGAGGGUAGACUGCUGCUUAGUCUUCCUUCUAGUAUUUUCUUUCUUAGUCCAUACUCUUAGGUUGGUUUUCAUACAUCAUAUAUAGUGUUAUUUCUCAUCCUCUCCAUUUACUUUUAGCAGGUUCUUCUGCUUUCAGAAUUUGGAAGCAUUGCCAAAGACAGCCAUGUAAAAGGAAGCUGGGGGUGGUGGGGGCAGGCACAGGGAGGAGAGGCAAGAGAUAAGAGGUUUAACCCCAGUAAAACCUCAGACCCUGAAGCCAAAAGUUGCAUAACCACAGUGAAGAUCUAGUUGGGUUUAAUUUCUAUUUAAGUUGCAGUUAUUGCCAGUUUAGGCCAGUGCUUGGUUUUGGAGCCUAUAUACACAAUAUUUUUGUUAUAUAUCACAACUUUGCAACCUCUGCUCCAAAAAAGAAUAGAAUAAGUUUCCUUAAAGUGAGCUUAAUUUCUGAACUCUUGGUGAUUCAUCUGUGUACAUAGAUUGUGUGAUCCCAUUUCAUAUUGCAUCAUAUAGGAACACAUGGUAUAAAUGAAUGGCUUUUUAUUUUCAUAUUAUUAAUAGUAUCAUGGUCCCAUUAUAGGCCUAUUAACCUCAUAAAUUUGUCAUUAGUCUUUGAAGACAAAAUAUGUAAAUAUGUAUAACAUGAGAAUUUCUCUCUACAGCAGGGCUUAAAAUUUUUUGGAAAAGUUUGACAAAGUAUCACGUGAAUUCAGAUUUACCUCAAUGCCAAGAAUUAUGUUUAGAUAGGAAAAAAGAAACUUGUUUUGAUCUCAGGUAGAAAAUAGUUAGAUUGCUUUGAGUUUUAUGUAGCUUUUAAUUUUUUUUUAAACUAGAAUUUAUUCUGUUUAAAAAUGAUUUAGAAAAUUAUGUCUUUGGUUUACUUAUUGAUGAUUGCACUAUCAUUCUCUUAGCCUUUUGUAUUCAACUUCCAGAAUCACAUUUGUUUAGAUCCUGAACAGUGUUAUAAGGAUCUGAUUGGUAUUUGUCACCUUUAUUUAAAAACUAGCUUCUGCACACUUCAAAGCUAUUAAUGUUGAUUGGUUUGACCAAUAACCACUGUUUGAUCCUUACAAUUAAAUUUUGUAACUAACUAUGGAAUUGUUUUUUCAAAUAAGUGAUAUGCUUUUGUGACUAUUUUUGGGGGAAUGGAAACCAAUAAUUUUGUCAGCUCUUAGUUGGCAAACUGAAUAAAGCAAAGGUCCAUAAAUCAGAAGGCACUCCAACAAAGAGCUGACUUUAGCACCUUUCCCAUUUUUAUUGGAAAUACAGGAUUUUCCCUUCUAUGAUUUUGUCAGGAGGUUCAUUUUAAACAUUACUAGUCUUUUUUAUUUUUUUGAGCUUAAAUACACUAGCGACAAAGUGUUUAUGAGUGAAAACUGCAACCCACUUACUGGAGGAGAUAGAGUUAACAUGGGAACUUUCAAAGGCUGAAAAGGAAAAUAUUUAAAGUGAGAUUUAAUUAGGCCCUCAGUAAUAGAAAUGCCACGUGUCAAAAGGAGUAGUCUGGCAGGUGGUAGUAAAUGUAUAAAAUAAGAAGGUAUAAAAGACUAUGGGAGGGGUCUCCUAGGUGGUGCAGUGGUUAAGAAUCCGCCUGCCAAUGCAGGGGACACAGGUUCGAUCCCUGGUUAGGGAAGAUCCCACAUGCCGCAGAGCAACUAAGCCCACAUGCCACAACUAUCGAUCCUGCGCUUUAGAGCCCGUGAGCCACAACUAUUGAAUGCAUGUGCUGCAACUACUGAAGCCCACAUGCCUAGAGCCUGUGCUCUGCAACAAGAGAAGCCACGGCAAUGGGGAGCCCGCACACCACAAUGAAGAGUAGCCCCCACUCACCGCAACUAAAAGAAAGCCCGCGCGCAGCAAAAAAAAAAAGACCCAACACAGCCAAUAAAAUAAAAUUAAAAAAAAAAAAGACUAUGGGGUUUUCUGUACUUAAAUGUCCAGAAAAACAUUUAAAAAACCUUUUUUUAUGCUAUUAUGGCUAAAGGAAAUAGUUCUGAAGAUACCAAUAUGCUGUUCCAACAGUAUAAUUGGUUAGAAGCGUGAGCUAAGGCACCAAAUUGUCUGGAUUUACACUCUAGCUCUGCCACUUGCUGGCUGAGUGACAGUAAAACCAUUUCUGUGCCUCAGUUUCCUUAUGUGAAAAGAGGGAUUAAUGAUUCUUACCUCAUAGAGUUGCUGCGAAGACUCCAUGUGGUAAUGCAUGUAAAGCACUUAGAGCAGUGCCCAGCAAGUGUAAGAGCUGCUGAAUGACAGCUGCUAUUCUCUCUAGAGUGGAGCUCUUUUUGAGUCAAGGAUCUCUUUGUGAAUCUGAUGAAAGACAACACAGCCUAUCUGUCCAGAGAAAUAGACACACAAACACACACGUGAAUCACGCAUAAAUGGGUCUUGAAAGCCCAUCCAUGGAUUCCAGGUUACAUACUUUUUCAAAGCUUCUGCUACCAAGAAAAGAGGAAUGAGAACCUAGAAAUUAGGCUCAUAAUACACUAGAAAUAGAAGCUGUUGACUUAAAGUCUUCUCCUGUAACAUUGUCUGGAAACUAGUUUCUGUUACUUUUGAAAGGUAGUAACUGAGGUGGUUAGCCCAAGCUCUGGAGUCUGACCAUCUGGGUUCAAGUUUUGAUUCAAUCAUUUACUAGUUUUGUGACCUUGAGCAUAAAACUGACCUAUAAUUAAGGAGUUAAACAGUAUAAACAGGAGGAUAAAAAAACUUACUGUUUUUUUUAACAAUAAGCUUCCUCUUCAGGUUUCCAGUCUUAGGACAGUGAUCUUUAUCCCCUAUAGUUGUGCCUGUUUUUUUCUUCCUCCACAGUUUUAAUUCAUCCUUUGUUACCACAUUUCAAUUCUAGAUCUUUUCUUUCUUUUUUUUUUUAAAUUUAUUUAUUUAGGCUGCGUUGGAUCUUCGUUGCUGUGCACGGGCUUUUUCUAGUUGUGGCGAGUGGGUGCUACUCUUCCUUGUGGUGUAUGGGCUUAUCGUUGUAGUGGCCUCUCCUGUUGUGGAGCACAGGCGGUAGAUGUGCGGGCUCAAUAGUUGUGGCUCGUGGGCUCUAGAGUACAGGCUCAAUAGUUGUGGUGCACAGGCCUAGUUGCUCCGCGGCAUGUGGGAUCUUCCCAGACCGGGGUUCGAACCUCUGUCCCCUGCGUUGGCAGGCGGAUUCUUAACCACUGUACCACCAGGGAAGUCCUAGAUCUUUUCAUGUCAUGUGUGACUUAUGACUCUCCCCUUAACUUAAACUUCUACUUCCCAGACUUCCUGUACACAAUUGCACUUAGAAUUAGUUUCUUUAAAUGCUAUUCUUUAGGUUACUCUCUUACUAAAAUUCUGAGUUAUCUCAACUACAUUCCUAAUCAUAUUUAUAGUUCUCACAUUGAUAUUCAAGUCCCUUAUUCUCAUUUGUUUUUCAUCCUUUUCAUGCUCCAAGCCUUUCAUUUCUGUACAACUUGCUAAAUUCUAUUUUAAUGUUUUGCAGGUGAAAUAGCACCAUUUACUGAGUGCUUACUGUGUCACAAGCACUAUUCUGAAUGCUUUUAUGUAUCUUUUCACCAACUCCUCAUAACGUAGCUGAGAUGAGAGUAAAUUGCUCAAAUUCAUAAAGCUAGUAAAUGAUGGACUUUGGAUUCAAAUCAGGAACUUUCUGACUCCAAUGCCCAUGUUCUUACUCAGUAUACUACACUGACUUCUAACCAAGCUCUAAAAGAAGGUACGUGACUUAGAGCUGGUGGCCACUAGAAUCUCAGUCUCUAGACCACAAAUCAACCUACUUUUUUAGCUCAUAUUUAAGUCAAAAUACUUGUGUACUAUAUCUUUGGGCAUAUUACUUUAUUUAGUCCCUGACCUCCAGUAGCUCAGUCUAGCAAGAGACAGAUGAAUAUAGAAUGUGAGAAGUGCUACUGUAACAGAUGGAGCAGUUAAUUCGGCUUAGACUUCUCAGGAAAGGGCUUAGACAUAAGAAAGGAAUAUAUUAGUAACAGGGCAUUCCUGACUGAGCAAACAAUGUAGAGACAGUUAAAAGAGAGAGACAUUGCACUAUGGGUUUCAGGAGCAGAAUAACCUGGUAAGACUGGGCAGGUGAAUGAGAGUGAAGAGAGGGUAUCUGGAAGUAAGGCCGGGUCUGAGUUAAGAAAGUUAGCAGUCAUAAGGGGAUUCUCAUAAGGGUAGGGAUUUUUAAAACUCCCAUUAAUAAUCAAAUGUCUGGGGACAUUUAAGUUAUAAGUUCUGAUUUAUUAGAUAAGUACUGAUAAAAUAGAGAAAUGUUCAGUAGAUCAAUAAGAUUAAGCAUUAAAUAAAGUUUAUAAAAAAACAAAAUUCAAUUGAUAAUGAUAAACUGGCACUCCCAUCCCUCCCCAAGUUGAGAAACACAAUAACAUGGGAAAAAGAGAACCCCUAGACCAGAUUUAAGGUCAGAGAAGACUUUCCUCAUAUAAACACUAGGCUCUUGUGAUCUCUUGACUUAAUGGUCAAACUGGGUUUGUAAAAUGAGAACUAAAUACAUGGUAAAUAAUAGUCCCUUGGCUAAGACAAAACUUCAGAAAAUAACAGAAUGGUAGCUUUCUAAAUGCUCAUGCCAGUAACAGUCUGAAAUAAUCUACUUCUAUAUCUUUACUUUCUCUUAAUAAGCAUGGUUCCAGUACCAUAAAAAUGUUCAUCAGUCACAUGAAGGCAUUUCAGUACUCUUGCAACCUGAACAAGACAUGAAACAUUUCUUCCUAAUCAGUUU